GAGGAUAAGAGACUUGUGGUGCGCUCGUGCUCCAAACACUCCCAAUUACAAGCAUUUUGGCCCGCAACCAUCUCAGCCCUCGAAUCAAUUCCAUCUCCCAUCCAACGGUUCUCAUUCGCUCAAAGUAACUCCUGCAGUAUAUUGCAGCCUCCUUCCCAACCAUUCAUUUCCUUCAACUAAAGAAACGCUACAGGUGAGAGAGAGAAAGAUGGCUUCUCUGACGAUUGGAUUCGGGCCGGCAGCAACGGGUAGAGUAUUCGCAGCGACAGCGGCGAAGAGCAGCGGCGGCAGCAGUGAGGAAAAGGGCAUUCUGGAUUGGAUUCUGGGAGGAUUGCAGAAAGAAGAUCAGCUUCUGGAGACGGACCCAAUCUUGAAAAAGGCGGAAGAGAAGAACGGCCGCAACGGUAAGACAACGUCCGUUUCUGUCCCACCUAGCAAGAAGAAGGCCGGCGGUUUUGGGGGUCUCUUCGCCAAGAAUUGACCGGUUGUGGGUCAGUUUCCGGCAGACUAUCGAUGGCUCCAUUGCUCUCUCUUUAUUUGAAAUGUCAAGCUCUGUUUGUUGGGUUUCAUCUUCUCUUCUUACUGUGUAGUUCUUGAAGUUCUGAAUUUUACUUCUGUUUCGAAAAAUAUGGAUUCUUUUUCGUGAAACUCUAUAUUUCUGAACGAUUCACGACUCGUCCGAGUCGACUCAGUCUCGGUCCA